CCGUUCAAAACAAAAAAUACGGUAAUCAUUGACCCCCAACAAAAUCAUUGUCAGUGAUCAUAGACGAUCAGACAGCUCGAAGCAAGGACUCGUACACCAACAGAACAAAAGCAAAGCAAAGCAACGCAACGCAUAGCAAAGCAAACCCAACACGACACAACGAUGUCGAGCACGAGAGCGGCGGUAGCCCUCCUGGCGCUGGCGUUCUGCGCCGGGGGCGUGGACGCCAUCUACAAGGACGACGCCGGGGUCCUGGACUUUUCCGUCGCCACGGCGGGGCACGGCGCCAUCGGGUGGGCCCGGACGGCCGGCAGCGGAGACCACGAGAAGGCGAUCCUCCUGACCACGGACCUUGCGGCCGUUUCUUCGCAGGGAACCUCCUGCUACGUGGCCGGCCGGAGCACCCAGAGCGGGGGCCUCCUCUGGCGCCGGAACGUCUGCUCCGUUCCGAAUGCCGGGGCGCAGGCCCACGCGGUGGCGAUGGGGAGCGGGGAGGAAUCCGUUUUCUACACGGUCGACCACACCGGGGUGGCCCGGGCGUGGAAGGCGGCCAACGGAGACCUCUUGUGGGACGCCAAGGUCGUCCCGGGCGCCAGGCCAAGGAUCUUUGCGCCGGACGGCCUUGGAUACGUGGCGGUCGCYUCCGGGACGAACGAGCUCGUUCUGCUCGACGCCGGCACCGGAAGCCUCGUGGACACCAUUGACACCGGGGGAUCCGGCCCCCGAGACGGACAGGUCCUGGAAUNAGCUUACCAUCAAACCAGACAUUCCUACCAGUAUCAAAUCUGGGCCUUGCUGUUGCACAUAGGAACAUCACCUUCUUGAUAUGCUGCUUUGACGGUGUCUUGCCAACUGGUUCAAGCUCUUCAUCAAGUAAAUAUGUGUUGCUUGU